UUAUUUUAGAUUUGUUUCAUUUAACAUCUACGCAUUCACAACGAGUUUAUAGACUCUAACGCAAUGUUUACACAAAAACUGGAACAGAUGUAUCAUCCUCCUUCGAACCUGAAGAAAUAUGACAAUGAAGGAUAUAUGAAAAACCCGCUGCUCAAAUUUCGACUCGAAAAUGUGCAACGGGAACGGCAUUCAAGGUUUCUGAAAUAUCGCGCUGCCGUUGAAAAAGUAAAUUUGUGUCGCAAGCCACCGCCACCGGACCCUGAUAUCCGUCAGCUGCCCGAAUAUAAUUACGUUGACAAUUUGCGGCGUGAGGUACGUAAAAUAGAAGUGCCAAAAAUGUUAAGGAAAACCGAAAAGAAGAUUCUCAGCUAUGCACCCAAUCGUUUAAAAGUCAAAUAUCCCGAACUUGUCGAUAACUAUAUGAAAGACGUACACGAGGAAUUCGAUCGUCUCAUGAAAAUUUACAGCAUGAACUGCAUAUUAGUGCAUCCGGAAUUCACCGACGAAGAUCCUGCACAAUUUAUUCUUCCACGCAAAGAUUUUCAUUUUAAAUUACCUGGACGUACGGAAAAUUAUCCGAAAUUUUUGGAAAAUAAACGUAAAAUCAGCAGGAAGUUACUGAUUGUAUACCCACAAGUGCGUUUAAUUUUGAGUUCUUCCGAAUCGGAGUUUCCAAAAACCAUGGUUGCCUUAGAUCCGGUCAUGAUCGGCGCAAGUCAUUUGCAGGCGGUCGUAGGACUAGGUGGACGGGAAGCGCUGUUUUAUAAAACGUUCGUAAAAUACGUGGAGAACAAUUUAGAAGAAGUAAGUAACUUUCUACGUUGGACUUGGUAUCCCAGAAUUGUAUCGGUAAUACGUCGGCAUUUUCGCAAAAACACAGUACCAAAUCGGUUAAGAUGGCGAAUGUUCAAGUGCCUAGAAGCUCUUAUUAAUAGACAAAUAAAUAUGCUAAAAAUAAAUACAUUAUAUGAGUUCCUACGAGUGGGUAGCUUAGAACGCAAAAUUCCCAUACUAAAAAUUAAUAUGGUAUACAAUGAAGCCGAGAACUCAAUCAAUUUAGAUCCGAGUUUGGAAACAAUAUACGACAUGUAUGAGAAUCUAGUGGACGCAAUUGCACAGGUGCUGACCAAAAUAGAACCUCUUGAGCCGCAAGUCGAUUCAACUUUGGUCAACAUUGCAGCCCCCUAUCUACGCAUAUCUAUGAACGAAAACUGGCUUAACGAAUUUAAAUUGGAAUUUAGAAAUGCACUUAUCCGAACCUAUCAAUCGAUACAAGAAUACAUUGAUGGUUAUCAAUCCAAAUAUUACAAUUUGUAUGCGCAAGAUGUGCGCAAGGACCUCGACGAGUUCUUGAGUGAAUCGCACGAGUUUGAAGAGUACUUCAAACGCAUCGCGACCUAUUUCCAGUAUAUAAAUAUGUUACAAAGCGAACCAGAAAAUGAUUUUUUCCAGAUGGUUGUAAUCUGCAAUAAGGCGGCGAUUGUUUCCUUACGUGAAAUUGCGGAUGACCUAAUUGCAUGCAUCACCGAGCAGAUCGUUCAAGAACACAUUAAGGCAGAAGAAGAAAUUUGUGCUGCUUUUGAGGAUAUCAAAGUAAAGGCAUUGACUAUACCAAGAUCAACAGAGGAACUGCUCGAGAGUGGAGAGUACAUGAUACGAGUGAAAAAGGAACUUAUAUUCGAAUUGAGAGAUCGAAUACAAUAUUGUCUAGAGGUUGGCACAAAUCUCGUUGAAUUGACCGAAAUGGAUCCAUAUCAUUUCAAUCUAACCAUUCGCACCAUCAAAUGGUUAAAUGAUAUUAAUGAAAUUUGUGAUUACAAUGCCUCACAGCAAGAGCAUUACAAAUUCCUCUUUGAGGAGCAUUUGCAGGAUGUCAUUAAGAAACUCAAUGAGGAUAUAGAGGCGAUGAUACCGAAUUUGACAAUUAUUGAUGAUAUGAGCGAACCAGAACAGUUCCGUCAUAGUUAUAUACUAUUACAAAAUUUCAUAGGCCAACUGAAGACAUUUGACGACUACGUAAACUGGAUCAAUAAAGAGGAGAAAUUAUUUAAAAUGGCGCAAACGCAGUAUCCGAAAUUGGAAAUAAUGAAAGGUUUCAUAAUACCAUUUGCCGAAUUAAUGAAAUCCUGUAUCGAAUGGAUGCGUUACUUGAAUGUUUGGAUGUAUGGACCAUUUGAGUAUUUGGAGCCGAAAUUCGUAGAAGAAACUACUGAAGACUUUUUAAAAGAAUUCCAAAAAUGUCAAAAAUACUAUCGCGUAAAAAUCAGACAAGACCAAAUAGAAAAUCCAAUAUGCAUGUUCCGGGGUCAAACGGAAGAUCCCGAUCCAGAAAAACACCCUGUACCAAUUCGACUUUGCACCAAAAUGAUCAAAACAAUAAAGAAUUUCACCACUGGUGUAUUUAUCGUGAAUAUUAUGUGCAAUCAAGCGCUACGCAAACGACAUUGGAAGGAGAUGUCCGAGAUUGCUGGGUUCGACAUAACGCCCGAUGCUGGCACAACACUUACGAAAAUUAUUGAUAUGAAUCUUGACACUAAGCUCGAUCUAUUUGAAAUUAUAAGUGUCGGUGCAAAUAAAGAAUUACAGCUUCAGAACAAUUUAUAUGCAAUGAUACACGAGUGGGACUCAAGGAUCUUUCCAACAGGGCCAUAUAAAGACACAGGUGUUAUGAUACUUUCCAAUUUGGACGAUAUACAGGCAUUGCUAGAUGAUCACAUUCUUAAAACACUUACAAUGCGUGGUUCAGCUUUUAUGAAGCCUUGCGAAGAGGAAGUGUUGGCAUGGUACGAAAAGAUUAUGCGCGUAAAUGCUACUCUCGAUCAGUGGGGCAAAGUACAGUCGAAUUUCCUAUACUUACUACCGAUAUUCUCCUCGAAAGAUAUCGUGGCGCAAAUGCCGGAAGAAGGUCGUCUGUUUCAGGCUGUUGAACAAACAUUUACGCGAAAUAUGGGUAUGGUGCUGCGCCAACCACUUGUCAUGGAGACUGCACCACAAGAUGGACUUCUCGAAUCUCUCAUCAAAGCAAAUGAGCUUCUUGACGACAUUACGACCGGAGUUAGUAAUUAUUUAGAAAAGAAACGUUUGUACUUUCCGCGUUUUUUCUUUUUAUCGAACGACGAAAUGCUAGAAAUACUAUCUGAAACCAAAGACCCACUUCGAGUGCAACCACAUUUGAGUAAAUGUUUCGAAGGUAUCAACCUGCUCGAAUUCGAUGCUGAAAAGAAUGUGCUGGCAAUGAUAAGUAGUGACCAAGAGAAGGUCCAAUUUGUGGAGCAAGUGUCAACGGCCGCCGCAGGGGGAAGUGUCGAGAAAUGGUUGGUUGGCGUUGAAGCAGAAAUGUUAAAGGCUGUACGCAACGAAAUGGAUCGGUCCUAUGGACAUUAUCCAACCCUGCAGCGUUUCGAAUGGGUCUUGCAUUGGCCACAAAUGGUAGUACUAUGCAUUUCGCAGGUGUACUGGGCGUCCAUGGUGCACAUGAAUUUGCGACGAUCUGGCCUGAAUCAGAUCGCCAUGACUGAUUUCUUCGGCAGUCUUAAUAAAGAUUUGAACGAUAUUGUGGCAUUAAUACGCUCAACACACAUAAAUAACCUGAAUCGCAUAACUAUUAAAUCACUGAUUGUAAUUGAUGUGCAUGCAAAGGAUGUCGUCGAAGACCUGAUACGCAUGAAAAUAAACAGUGAGUUCGAUUUUCAAUGGAUGGCUCAGUUACGAUACUACUGGGAGAAUGGUGACAGCUUUGUGCGCAUCAUUAAUGCAACAGUACCUUAUGCUAACGAAUAUUUAGGGAAUUCAGACCGCUUGGUAAUCACUCCGCUCACGGAUCGAUGCUACCGUACAUUGGUUGGUGCCUACCAACUUCAUCUAAAUGGCGCACCAGAAGGACCUGCCGGAACUGGAAAAACCGAGACGACGAAAGAUUUGGCCAAAGCGCUCGCCGUACAGUGCAAAGUAUUUAACUGUUCCGACGGUUUAGAUUACAAAGCUAUGGGAAAAUUUUUCAAGGGCUUGGCGUCCUGUGGCGCAUGGGCCUGCUUCGAUGAAUUCAAUCGCAUUGAGUUGGAGGUACUCUCUGUAGUUGCACAACAGAUAUUACUCAUCAUACAGGCUGUGCGAGCUAAAGCGGUGAAAUUCAAUUUUGAAGGCACCGAACUAACACUAAAUCCCGCUUGUUAUGUUUGCAUUACCAUGAACCCCGGCUAUGCAGGCCGCUCGGAGCUACCCGAUAAUCUAAAAGUGCUCUUCCGUUCGGUAGCAAUGAUGGUGCCCGACUACGCAAUGAUUGGCGAAAUAUCGUUAUACUCAUAUGGCUUUGUGGAUGCGCGAAAGCUGUCUGUGAAAAUUGUCACUACCUAUCGUUUAUGCUCGGAGCAGUUGUCAAUGCAGAACCACUACGAUUACGGAAUGCGUGCAGUGAAGACAGUGCUCUCAGCAUGUGGCAAUCUUAAAAAGAAAUUCCCUAAUGAAUGGGAGGACAUAUUGUUGUUGCGUUCACUGCUCGAUGUCAAUUUGCCGAAGUUCAUGUCCUUCGAUAUUCCACUCUUCGAGGGUAUCAUAUCGGACAUAUUCCCAGGAGUAGUACUUCCGGAGACCGAUUAUAGCUUGAUUGAGGAAGAAUUCAAACGCAUUUGCAUCGAAAUGGUACUUGAACCGACGGAAAGUUUUCUCAUUAAAGUCAUACAAACUUAUGAAAUGAUAAUUGUGCGUCAUGGAUUUAUGAUGGUAGGAGAGCCACUGGCUGGCAAAAGCAAAACACUAGACGUACUAGCACAAGUGCUAUCCGCGCUUAAAAUUAAGGCACCUAGCAAAAGUUCAUACUUUCAACAUGUACAAAUGGGUAUAAUGAAUCCAAAAUCUAUAACAAUGAAUCAGUUAUACGGCUCAUUCGAUCCCGUCUCAUACGAAUGGAAUGAUGGUAUUAUAGCGAAAAUAUUUCGUGAAUUUGCCAUGACUCCAACGCCAGAUAAAAAAUGGGUUAUCUUUGAUGGGCCCGUGGAUGCAGUUUGGAUUGAAAAUAUGAAUACAGUAUUGGAUGACAAUAAGAAAUUGUGCCUUAAUUCGGGUGAAGUUAUAACGAUGAGCAACGAGAUGUCUAUGAUUUUCGAAGUAAUGGAUUUGGCACAGGCAUCUCCGGCGACAGUCUCACGCUGUGGCAUGAUAUACAUGGAAACUGCUUCAUUGGGAUGGCGUUCGUUUGCGAAUUGCUGGCUAAAGAAAUGCAAUCCCGUCUGGGCUGACGAUGAAACCAAGGAUUAUCUAAUGGAAUUUUUCAAAUGGUUAUUGGAACCGUGUCAAGCUUUUAUACGCAGAAACUGUAAGGAGCACGUCAAACCCGGAGAAUUCAAUUGCCUAACUACAACAUUCGAUAUAAUCGAAAUGCUGCUGGACGAUGCUGUUUUGGAGAAUCCCGACGAGUAUCAAAGGCAUAUGCCAAUUUAUGUACAAGCUUGCAUACUUUACUCAUUUGUUUGGGGAGUGGCGGGUGUGUUAGAGUCUCGGUCCAGAGAAAAGUUUGACGCAUUUCUUAAAAGCAUGUGGCUUGGUGAAGAUUCGCCUAUACCGGACAGUAUCGGCAAAUUGGAGAUAUCAGUGCCCGUUGAAGGAUUGCUGGUCGACUAUGUAUAUGUGUUCAAACAGCGUGGUGCAUGGAAAUCAUGGACGGAGCUGGCCAAACGUAUGGAUGUCGAAGAAAAUUCCAUGGGUGUGCAAGUUCCCACUAUAGAUACAGCCAGAUAUAUAUAUUUACUCGAAAUGCAUAUCAAAAACAAUAAAAAGGUGCUGCUUGUCGGACCAACCGGCACUGGUAAGAGUGCCUACAUCCAGAACUACCUUAUGACUAAAAUAGAUCGCAAUUCAAUCGAAUCGGCUUUUAUAACAUUUACUGUUAUGAUAACAGCUAAUCAAACCCAAGAUCUUCUUAUCUCGAAGCUGGUCAAGUGGAAACGCGGCAUUUAUGGCCCACCAAAGGGUAUGAAAACUGUACUUUUCGUUGACGAUAUGAACAUGCCUGUAAAGGAGAUAUAUGGUGCUCAACCCCCUUUGGAAUUAUUGAGACAAUACUUUGAUUACGGUCACGUCUACGACCUGAAGGAUACUUCAAAAAUAUUCAUAAAUGACCUUUUGAUUAUAAGCGCCUGUGGCUUGCCUGGCGGUAGUCGGCAAGAUGUUUACGCUCGGUUCCUCAAUCAUUUUAAUGUGUUCUCAAUCAAUACAUUCGGCGAUGAAACUAUGAAUCGUAUAUUUGUAAACGUGCUGAUGAAUGGUUUUAAGCGUUCGGGUCAUGGUAAUGAUGUCUUUAUUUUCACUAACCAAAUCGUUAACGCCACCCAACAGAUUUAUAAGAGUGUACAGUCCGAAUUAAGAGCGACACCAGCUAAAUCUCAUUAUAUUUUUAAUUUACGCGAUAUCUCUCGAGUGGUUUCAGCAUGUGCCCUCUUCAAAAAAGAAUCGGCGAGUGAUAAAAAAAUAUUUCCCCGCUUGUGGUAUCAUGAAGCCAUGCGUGUGUUUUACGAUCGUCUGGUGGAUGAUGUUGAUCGGCAAUGGAUGUUCCAGAAGUUGAAUGAUUGUGUAAAGAAUAACUUUAAGGAGAAAUUAGAGUCAGUCUUUGAAAAUUAUUGUACAACUGUGGCUGGUGAUUUGGUAUACACGAUAGAAGGUGCGCAUCGUAUAUUCUUUGGCGUUUACAUGGACGAGGACAAUAUACCCGAUGAACGGCGCUAUGAGGAGCUGCCAUCGAUGGAGGUGUUCUUUAAAUUUGCCUCGACUAGCUUAGAUGACUACAAUUCCACGCGACGUUCAAAGAUGGACAUCACAUUAUUCACAUUUGCGCUCGAACAUCUAAAUCGCAUCUGCCGUAUUAUCGCCAUUAAUGGUGCCAGUGCUUUGCUGAUUGGUAUGGGAGGUUCAGGCAGGCAGUCGCUAACGAAGUUGGCUGCGAAUAUGGUCCAGACGUCAUUUUUUCAGCCCGAGAUCACCAAAAAUUAUGGUCCCAAUGAUUGGCAUGACGAUAUAAAGAACAUUAUGAAAGAAUCUGGUGGUUUGAAUAAGCAUACUGUUUUUCUUAUGACCGAGAAUCAGAUAAAAAUGGAACUAUUUCUGCAAGACAUCGACUGUCUUCUGAAUCAGGGUGAAGUGCCAAAUGUAUAUGCCAUUGAUGAGAAACAAGAGAUUUUGGAAUUAGUGCGUCUGGCGGCUCAGGGUGGCAACCGUAAUAUCGACAUUUCACCACUGCAGGUGUUUUCCUUCUUUGUCAAUCGCUGUAAACAAAAGCUGCAUAUUGUGCUUUGCCUCUCACCAAUUGGCGACUCGCUACGCACCAGGGUACGGCUAUAUCCAUCAUUGGUUAACUGUUGUACUAUUGACUGGUACCAGAGUUGGCCGGAAGAAGCUUUGACAAUGAUUGCAAAAAUAUCUUUAGAAGAUGUCAAUGUGCCAUCUUCUAGCAUUAAGGACUCUAUAGUGCAAAUCUGUCAAUACUUUCAUAUUAGUGCAGCUCGAGUUUGUCGAGAAUUCUGUGAUCUUACUGGACGUUACAUAUACCAAACAAACGCAUCUUUUCUCGAGUUAAUCAAGUCAUUCCAAACAUUGAUUGGCCGCAAGCAAAAGGAAAUUAUGGAAGCUAAAAUGCGUUACAUUGGCGGCUUGGACACGUUGGCCAAUGCUGCCGCAGCAAUUUCACUGAUGCAGAAGGAGUUGAAUGCUUUGCAGCCUCAACUAGUUGCCCUUGCUGAGAAGUCGCGGCAUAUGUUAAUUGAAAUCAAUAAAGAGACAAUUGCUGCCAGUGCCGCUGCUGAGCAAGUUAAGAAGGACGAAUUGGUGGCUGCAGUGCAGGCCGAAGCCGCACAGGGACUAAAAGAUGAAUGUGAAAAGGACUUGGCGCAAGCUAUACCCGUGCUUGAAGAAGCGAUACAGGCGCUCAACACACUGAAGCCGGCCGAUAUAACCUUGGUAAAAUCUAUGAAAAAUCCGCCACCCGUAAUUAAGCUGGUAAUGGCAGCGGUUUGUGUUAUUAAAGGCGUGCCACCUGAAAGAAUUCCCGAUCCUAGCACGGGAAAAAUGGUAAACGAUUACUGGGGGCCUAGUAAACGCAUAUUAGGGGAAAUGAACUUCCUUCAACAACUAAAAGACUUCGAUAAGGAUAACAUCAAACCAGAGAUUAUGGCACGCAUCCGAAAAGAAUUCAUACCGAAUAAAGACUUUCAGCCGCGAAUUGUUGCCAAAGCAUCCAGCGCGGCAGAAGGUCUGUGUAAAUGGAUAAUAGCGAUGGAUCUGUACGAUAAUGUUGCCAAAAUAGUGGCACCAAAAAAGGCAAAAUUAGCGGCUGCCGAGAAGGAAUAUUCAGACACAAUGAAAUUUUUGACCGAGAAGCGUGAGCUGGCGGCAGCAUUGGAAGCUAAAGUCGCCAAACUCAAUGAAGAGUUGGACAAAGCUAAUGCAGAAAUGAAACGCACCCAGGACGAGGCAGACUUUUGUCAGAGUAAAUUAGAGCGAGCUACAGCGCUCAUUGAUGGCUUAGGUGGUGAAAAGUCACGGUGGACACAAGCGGCUGAAAAUUUACAAAGUAUUUAUGAUAACUUACCUGGAGAUAUACUCCUUUCAUGUGGUAUCAUUGCAUAUCUCUCUGCCGUGAAUCUCUACUACAGAUCACAGUGCACUGCAGAUUGGUUUCAACGUUGUAUCCAGGCUGGCAUACCAACCUCAAAAGAAUAUAAUAUUACAACAACACUUGGCUUAGAAAUCACCAUACAAAAUUGGAACAUUAAUGGCCUGCCCAAAGAUGUAUUUUCAACAGAAAAUGCGAUUAUAGCCGAUAGUUCCAGUCGGUAUAGUUUAUUUAUCGAUCCGCAGGGUCAGGCAAAUAACUGGAUCAAGAACAUGGAGAGAAAAAAUCGUUUGAGCAGUGUAAAAUUCAAUCAGGCUAAUUAUAUGAAAGUUAUAGCCGAAUGUAUGGAAUAUGGUUCACCCGUUAUUAUUGAAAAUGUGCUUGAAGAGCUGGAAGUACCACUUGAUCCCAUUUUGAUGCGGAACACUUUCAGACAGGGUGGUCAGAAUUUUAUUAGUUUGGGCGAUAAUAUUGUACCAUUAAAUGACAAUUUCCGAUUAUACAUGACAUGUAAUUUGCGAAACCCACAUUUUCUGCCUGAAACUUUCAACAAGGUGACUGUUAUUAACUUUGCGCUCACACAGAAUGCGCUCGAGGAUCAGCUUUUAAGUAUUGUGGUUGCGAAAGAACGUCCUGAUUUACAGGAGUUGCGUAUGAUGUUGAUAAAUGAGGCAGCGAAAAAUAAAGCUGCUCUACGAGAUGCUGAAAAUAUGAUAUUAAAAACGUUAUCCGCCGCAGAGGGUGAUAUUUUGGAAAAUGAAAGCGCAAUACAAAUACUGAACGAGUCCAAGGAACUAUCAUUUGAUAUUGUAGCAAAACAAGCCGCUUCGCGCGAAACAGAGAUGAAAAUAGAAGCCUUUCGACUAAACUAUAAACCUGUCGCAGUGCAUUCUUCUGUAUUGUACUAUUCCAUCACUGAUUUGCCGAAUAUAGAUCCGAUGUAUCAAUUUUCGCUAAAUUGGUAUAUAAACCUCUACGAGUAUUCUAUCGAGUCUGCUAAUAAGUCCAAAGACCUUCCACGCCGCAUAAAGUUCCUGGUGGAUGGAGUGACAAGAAACCUGUAUAAUAAUGUUUGCCGUUCAAUAUUUGAGAAGGACAAGUUGCUGUUCUCCUUUAUUCUCACCUGCCGUGUUCUAUUGGGAACAGGUCAACUUAAGAUGCUGCAACUGUCACAUUUGCUUACAGAUGCUGUGGAAACUGAAAAAUUACCCGCCAAUCCCGAUGCGUCUUGGAUUACGGAUGUGAUAUGGAUGAAUAUAUUUCGUUUGGAAGAAAUUCCAGAGCUACGUGGAUUUGCGGCUAGUUUUGCCAAGGGAUUACAUGAUUGGAAACGUAUCUACGACCAUAUUGAACCCGAAAAUCAGACAAUACCGUCACCGUGGAAUGAGAGGCUAACGCGAUUUGAAAAGAUACUUAUAUUAAAGGCAUUACGCCCAGAUAAAGUAUUUCUAGCUGUUCGUAAUUUUAUCGCUUCCGAAAUGGGUGUACAAUUUGUUACGCCACCUGAAUUUGAUAUUGGCAUGUCGUAUAAGGAGUCGAAUGCACUAACACCACUUAUAUUUAUACUGUCUCCAGGAGCCGAUCCGCUCGGCUCACUGUUGGCAUACGCCGAGAAAACUGGUUACAUGGAUACCUUUCAAAGCAUAUCACUAGGUCAAGGACAAGGACCUAUUGCUCAGGGACUUAUUAAGGACGCUCAAGAUUUGGGUUAUUGGGUUUGCUUGCAAAAUUGCCACUUGGCCGCCUCAUGGAUGCCGAUAUUGGAGUAUAUCUGGGAAAAUAUGGACACAUUUAAUACCUCACCUAGCUUCCGCUUGUGGCUUACCAGCUACCCAACUCCGAAAUUCCCGGUGGCUUUGCUACAAAAUGGAGUCAAGAUGACAAAUGAACCGCCGACCGGCCUUAAGGAGAACAUUAUACGCUCAUACAACUCAGAACCGAUCAAUGAUCCGACUUUUUAUUUAGGCUGCGCCAAGCAAGACCGAGCCUUUACUCGCUUACUUUUCGGUAUUUGUUUUUUCCAUGCAGUAGUGCAGGAACGUCGCAAAUAUGGGCCAUUAGGUUGGAAUAUCGCUUAUGGCUUUAACGAAUCCGAUCUUCAAAUAUCCGUAAUGCAAUUGAGUAUGUUGCUGAAUCAGUAUGAUCAUGUACCCUAUGACGCCUUGUCCUACCUGACGGCCGAGUGCAAUUAUGGUGGCCGCGUCACAGACUACUGGGAUCGUCGUGCUAUAGUCACAAUUCUUGCCGAUUAUCUAAAUCCAGAUGCAGUUAACGACAAUCGGUAUCGAUUCGCUACAGACGAUCGCUUCAUAUUGCCACGCAAGACUGAACACCGUGAAAUAUUACGUUACGUUGACGAAAACUAUCCAUCGUUAGCUGCACCUGAAGUUUACGGACUUCAUGGCAAUUCUGGCAUAACUCGUGAUCUCCAAACGACAAAAAUCCUACUUGACUCAAUGAUUGCGAUUUUUGGUAGUGAAAUGGCUUCGACAGGUGCCGGUGCACAGAGUAUGGACGAAACAUUAUUACAAACCAUUGCACAUAUCGCAAAAUCAAUGCCAGCCGACAUGGAUAUCGAUAGCGCUAAAGUCAAGUAUCCGGUUAAUUACAAUGAGUCUAUGAAUACGGUAUUAGUACAGGAAAUGGAGCGUUUUUUGAAAUUGCAAAAAGAAAUACGCGCCUCGUGCCGUGACCUCGAUAUGGCCGUAAAAGGAAUUGUUGUGAUGACACCCGAAUUAGAGAAUGUGCUCAGUGCUAUUAAAUUGAACCGCAUACCUGCUAAAUGGUUGUCUAAAUCAUAUCCCAGUCUAAAGACGCUGGCUUCCUACAUCCAAGAUUUAUAUAAACGCCUCGAUUGGCUUCACAAUUGGUAUAUGCACGGCAAGCCACCGACGUUUUGGUUAUCUGGUUUUUUCUUCACUCAAGCCUUUCUUACUGGAGCUAUGCAGAAUUUCGCUCGUAAAUACAAAACUCCUAUUGAUACAUUAACGUUCGACUUUGAUGUGCUAUAUGAGGAUAGCAUGAAAUCGCCACCAGUAGAUGGUGUUUAUGUAAACGGACUUUUCCUCGAAGGUGCGCGAUGGAAUUUGAAAGAAAAUAUUAUUGAUGAACAGCUACCAAAAGUUCUUAUUUAUUCGAUGCCUGUCAUUUAUCUUAAACCCUUGGAGAUUGUAAAACUCGUCGAAGCCACACGCUACAAAUGUCCUUUAUAUAAAACAUCUGAACGCAAAGGCAUACUUUCAACAACCGGUCAUUCCACAAACUAUGUAAUUCCGAUACUACUAAAAACGAAACUUAAAGCCUCGCAUUGGGUUAAGCGCAGCGCUGCUUUGCUAUGCCAAAAAACUGAUUAGUUUAGUUUAUCCCUCAUUCGUAUUUUGCAUAUUUUUUAUUAUUAUAAUUUUUAUAUUCAAUGGUUUUAAUAUUUAAUUCAAAUAUUACAUGAAAUAUAUAUG